AGGUUGCUCCCAAGUCGGGGUGAUCAGAGCGCUGAAUGAGGCUGGCAUCCCCAUUGAUAUGAUCGGUGGCACAUCCAUUGGGUCCUUCAUGGGCGCCCUCUACGCAGAAGAGAGGAGUUACACCCAGAUGAGGAUCAAAGCGCGACAGUGGGCCAUGAAUAUGAAUUCGGUGUUCAAAACGGUUCUCGAUUUGACCUACCCCAUCACGUCCAUGUUCUCUGGAGCCUCGUUUAACAACGGAAUCAGCGCCAUCUUCAGAGAUAAGCAGAUCGAGGAUCUCUGGAUUCCUUUCUUCAUUAUCACCACGGACAUCACCGCCUCCGCUAUGAGGAUCCACACGGAUGGUUGCCUGUGGCGCUACAUCAGAGCCAGCAUGUCUCUCUCUGGUUACUUACCCCCGCUCUGUGAUCCCAAGGAUGGGCAUCUUCUAAUGGAUGGCGGUUACAUCAAUAACCUCCCAGCGGACGUCGCGCGAUCCAUGGGAGCCAAGAUCGUUCUUGCCAUUGACGUGGGCAGCCGAGACGAGACGGACCUCACUAAUUACGGAGACGCCCUUUCCGGCUGGUGGCUGCUGUGGAAACGGUGGAACCCCUUAGUGGAGAAAGUGAAGGUGCUGAACAUGGCCGAGAUCCAGACUCGGCUGGCUUACGUCUGUUGCGUGCGGCAGUUGGAGAUGGUGAAGAGCAGUGACUAUUGCGAAUAUAUCCGGCCGCCCAUCGAUCGCUACGGGACGCUGGACUUUGGGAAAUUCGAUGAAAUCUGUGAAGUCGGCUACCAGCACGGGAAGACGGUUUUCAAUGUUUGGUGCAGGAGCGGAGUGCUGGAGAAAAUGCUGAAGGACCGGCAGGAAGGUUGCCAGUCUAAGCCAUCCUGCUACGUGACAUGCCCGACAACCUCUUUCACAGAUUUGGCCGAAAUCGUCUCCCGAAUUGAACCGGUGAAGGCCAUCAUAGUGGAUGACGAAUCCGACUACCAGACCGAGUACGAAGAGGAGAUCUUCGACAUCCAGAAGGACGACUAUGUCAAUUUCCUGAGUAGCCAAAUGGACGAAUAUUCUGACUCCCAGGAGCAAGAGAUCCGGCUACGCAAACCUAUUCGCGGCGACUCCGAAGACAGCCAACUAGCAGCGUAACAAGACCGCGGCUCUAAAGACCCCCCCUCCCAUUGCCAACUUCCUGGGGCGCCUCUCCCCAUCCCAUUUCUCGGUGUGAAAAACCAAGGUCCAUUCC